UCUUUUACCGGCGGGCUCAGCCGCAUCUCGAGUCACAUCUCCGAAGCAUCGAGUCAGACGUCUUUUGAGGCCUGGUUCCCGGCUGUAUCAGCAUCCAUCCUUUCCAGCCGUGAGCUGUAAAGUCCUGGGGCACGUAAGAUUGCACGAUAUGGAGAACAUUCUAAACGUAGCAUUGUCUCACAGCCGCCUUGAUCAUCGUGACCAACAGGUCUUAUAACAGGUCACUCUGUUCCAGUCUUCUGCUCCUUAGAGGAGCUGUCUCCAUCCACUGUCCCCUGAGCAUCAGUCAUCUCUUUUGGCAUCCUCGUGGUCCUUGCCACUACUUAUUCUUGCCAGGAACUCUUUUCUCAUCAUUGUGUCACAAUUCGUAGUAUAAAGUGAUGUUUGUGUUUAGGGACCCCAUUGUUUGUCACGUCCCGUCCUGUGUCACGGGUGUCUGCACAUAUUUGUGCCGGAGCUGCUCUGCCCCGCUGCGUAGCCUGGUGCGAUAGGACCAGUCCCGGGGACUUGAACUUUGUAGCAUGGGCUGUAGUUGGACUCUAGGUGGUAUUCCUAGAUUGACACAAGAUGUUUGGAGCUGUGAAGGUAUCCUGCAGCCCUUUGACUUUUGUUCUAACUUUCUUUCAGAUGCAGAAGGAUAGAAUCCAUGGCGGAGCGCCCCAUUCCGGGUGCAGAGGUUCGGCCGAGCAGGAAGUCAAGCCGGAUAGCAGCAAUCAAGUUGAAGAGGGCAAGGCAGUCCACUCGGAGUGGCACCCGGGUAGCCUUUGGCAAUGGCGGAGGAGUUGCAGCGGACCCUGCGACGACAGCGUGGCCUCCGAGCACGGCGCAAUCGUGCCGCCCGAGGACCCGGGCAUUCUUAGGAGAGCGGAGACUACGAGACAACAGCCCAGUGACAGCAGGAACUUCCCAGAUGGCGAGGCGGCCUUGCUUUGCACCUGACACGGACCGGGUUCCCCAGAUGUCAGAGGUGCUGAUGCAUUAUAUCCUUGUCAGAGCGCCCCAUCCUGGGCUUGUGGGUUCCCCUGAGCAGGAAGUCAAGCCAGAGAGCAGCAGUCAAGGCCAAGUGGGCAAGGCAAUUGACUUUGCAUAUGUCCAGCCACCGCCACCAGCCAGCACAUGCACCGGGUUUCCUGCACAUGUGGGCCUUGUGGAAGUAUUACAGGACUCUGCGAUGAAGCCUUUAAAUUUUCUCAUUCACUGUCCUAUCUCGGUAGCCAUCAGGACAGGCCAAGGAGUUGUGGCGAGUCGGGGAGGUUGGGAGCAGCAGCGAGGGUCCUUUCAGGUUUCAGCAAUGCCAAAUCAAGUUGUCUCCGCUUAAUCUAGGCAGACCCUGCGACAACGGCGUCAGCCUCCGAGCACGGCCAAAGCGUGCGGCCCGAGGUCCUGGGCAUUCUUAAGAAUGUGGUGAGUAGCAGACUUGUUUGGUUUUGGCCGAUGUGCUGCUAA